AUGAUGAAUCCAUCACCUGAAAGCAGUGCGUCCAUCUAUGCUGAAUUACUAGUCAAUAUCAGGCAAGUAUCUGUGGUUGCAAACCUGCCGUCCCCUGUCGAUAGCUCAACCAAGGCCGCGAUUGAUGGCCAGACAAUUCGACUGCAACACCAAUCCCAAUCCAGCACCUUGGUUAUACCCGCCCGGGUCGUAGCACCCCCCAUUCUCCCUCUACCGGAUCUGAAGCAACGGACGGUAAAGCUAAGUUGGAGACUCCCUUUGUCGACAGCAGUACCCAAACCAGCCAGUCUCUCGCUAGAGGGCCAAGCUUUGCCCUGGGGUUCCGUCGACAUACAGAAAGAAUCGCCUAUUCAAUGCCGUGGAUGUCAUCAUGAGAUAGUGCCUCGGGGGGCCAUUAAAGACUGGAAAGAUUUGCCUAGUGAGAACUGGGCGGAGAUGAUGGAGUUUUGGCAUUGCCAUAAACCCCAUGAUCAUGAGAAACAUGAUGAUGACAAACUUACACAACGUGGCUAUGGGGCAAGUAAUGCAAUAGCCGCCCAGCCAAACGUUGGGUUUGUCGACCUCACUUCCUUCAUGGUCGCUGAACAAGAUUGUAAUGGUCUACUGGUGAGUACAUACCUCGCCCAACCCAAACCCGGCCAAGCGUGCUCGACUUCGACGACGACGGGGGGAAAGAAGUUGGCCAAGCCGGUUCUCUUCUCUCCCUCCAUGAAGGAAUCGGGGUUCCAAUCUAGCGAACUCGCUUUAGAAGCUGACCCGUCAUCGAAGUGGCAACAUAUAUCUUGCAAGGCCUGUCAGUCUGAAGUUGGGAUCUACAAUGUCGCAGCAUCGUCGCUAUCUUUAUUCAAGUGGCAGACGCUGUGUCAAACAGAGGCACCCAUGCCUGUACCCAACAGCGUCCACUGCCUUGCCGCCACUCUAACGGCGUCGAUCUCGCGGACCGGGUCUUCGAAAUUUGUUGUCCUACCGCACCUCCUCUCUCAGAAGAAUGAGGACGCGGCGGUCAACCCAGCGAAGGCACUUCAUCUCUGGGUAUUAAAUCCUUAUGUCGUUUUUGCAAGCUCAAAGCUCGAGACCAAGAAGACGGCCAUGAAAAUUCUGUAUCAAUUCCUCGAUGUCGAGCAAGGUAAUAAACUAGCUGAUGACCUGAACUCGGAUGUCCAGGACAUAUCUCUACCCAGUCGCGUUGUAGAAACCGCGGGACACCAUUUGGUCUCCAGCAGCCUUCUCCUCCCUGAGAGCGAUAGGAUAUUCAGGGAAUGGCAUGUCGGGCUCCUGGACCGGUGGGAUUCAAGUCUUGUAGAUCCAUAG